UCUCCGUCCUUUUCCUCGUUAACUCCAUUUUGAAAGUAAUAAUAAAGACUCGGAUUGGGCUUCUACCGAGUACCUGACUCUUUUCACAGAAGUGUGGAUGCGUCUCCACAAUCGAAGAGAAUUCCCGCAUCAUUAUCUAUCCGUUUCGGGUCAUGUUUUGGAAUUUGGUUUUGUCUUUCAAUAUCGAGGUGGUGAUUUUCGUUAGUUCCCGCAUGACACCUUGCCCACUAGGAAUGGAGCACAAGACACUAGACAGACGGUUGGCGGUUGACGGUUGGUGGUUGGCAUCUGCAUGUACUGACGGUACAGGAUGUAUGUAUGUGUGUGCUGUACCCAACAAGAAGAGGGAGAGAAAGCAAGAAAGAAAGAAAGAACGAGAAGAACGAAAGAACGAGAGAAGAGAAAGUCAAAGAGCCGGAAUGAUGCAGAUAGAGUCGAAUCAAACCCAUCCUAUUGAUCGAUCAAUCACUUAUCCCAUCGAGUGCAGGGGUGAGAAAAGGGAGUCCAAUAAUACCUCGAUACCAAAUGCGACUCCAUAAUCUAUCAUGAACCACCCACAACAGCAACUUACUUACGGAGCAGCUGUUGUGACGGCCGGCGACGGCCCC